AGAUAGUGAAAAUAUUUCUAAUAAAACGUGGAAGUUGAGUUGUAAUUUAUUGGGAACCAUCUGAAAAAGAACAAAAUGAGUAUUGUGGAUGAAGCCGUUGUUUGGGGCAAGCGAAGUGUGGAUCCAUGGCAUCGGAUGACCUGUUGUCCGAAGGCUGUUUUCACUGUAAUUGAAUUUUGUCAGGCACAAGGUCCACGACCGCUGUAUUCAUAUCCUGCUCGUGUUCAUGGUCCACACCUUGACAUGGAUAGUGUUUCUCUUUGGUUGAUGAGCUCCGAAGUUAUUAAUGGUUCCAGCAUGAUAGUUUACAAUCAACAAAUGGCUAUCUACGCAUGUGUUCAUUAUUCGACGUUACUCGAUUUGCACGCUCGAGCAUUUCAGCGACCAAUAUCAUUGGCGCUAUUAACACCUGUAAAACCAACGACGGCGUUAUUUAAAGAAUUUAUUGAGGCAAGUCGCCGCAUGUUUUUACCAUUAUUGAUUUGCAACCAGACUUUGUUCAAGUCACAUAUUGUUCGAUUAGUCAAUUUAACUAAAACGAUGGAACUCGAAACGUUAGAUGAGAGAAAUUUUCUUUCAUCAUUGUCAAAAUGUGCAAGGGCUAAAAUCCAAUCAUUAUCUGAUCAGGCAAAGCGUAUGUUGGAACGGUUUGAAAAUGAUGCCGUGCAAAAAACGAUACGUAACUCUGUAUACUGUAGUGGACAUGAGUUGAUGAGUAAUGAUGUUAAAAUUUUGGAGCAGUUGGUUGAAGACCCUCCAAAGUCGUUGCAAGAAGUGAAAUUUUUAACACCAUGUACAUAUAAUGGAUUCAUUAAAGCGCUUCCAAAAAUAUAUGAAAAGCUUGCUAGAGCAGCUCAGUCGUAUAAUACGGGGACUUUGUUUUGCGCUGCAACUCCAGUGUUAAAACUGAAAGAUUGUAACAAUCACAGUUUAGAUGACGACAGUACCAGUGCUACAUCCAUGAACCUUCUGGAUGAAAAUGAUUAUACAAGAAAUCUAACCACUAUUGCAGAGGGUUUGGACAAG